CCUGCCGGAAGGGAUCUUGUGAGCGCAGCUGAGCGAGAGCGGCAUCAAUGACAGUUGAGCGGGAUGUACUCUCAGCGGUGGACCGGAGGACCUUCGCGGCGGCAGGAAGGAAACUGACUGAUGCUUGUGUCAAUGAGAGAGUCACCAGACUGCAAGGCCGACAUGUGCUCCGUCGGCUUCUCACAGACAAAGAAGCUCUUCGCCGCAUACUGACCUGGCUGGUGGAUGACAGCGAGAAAGAGACUCAGCUAGCAGCGGCAGAUCUGCUCGGAGUUCUUGGUGGGGAGAUCAAGCCCGCUCUUGCAGCACUGCAACCCUCUCAACUCGUGGAUGUGGCUGCUGUCGUUGUGGAUCUGGUGGGCCGGAGGCGGGCCGGAGAGGGCGGCAGCGGCUACUAUGGCCCUGACGAGAGCCUCUACGUCAAACACAUCCUCGAAGCUGAUGCUGCAGUGGAUGUCGUGACCUAUGUACGGCUGUUGCUUCUCGCCUCGGUGCUUCAUGCUCUGCAUGAUGCUGCACCGGACGAGGGCGCUCGUCUACGCGACUUAUUCCUCGCCAGCCAUCAGACGACCGUCAAGCAGUGCCUGACCGUCAUGUGCACUGACGUUGAGGGGUCUGUUUCGCGUAUGGCGUUUUCCGUCCUGGAAUCGCUGCUGCUGCCAUUCAACCCACCGCCGUCUUCACCCGAGGAGGACCUCACCCCUAUCCCCCUACAUCUCUCCCUCCCACUGUUCAGCCUGCUGGUCGACCACCUGCUGAAGCUGGCGGAGGGGGCCACCCACAUGGACGCACAGAGAUGGCUGAUGGCGCUGGAGCUGCCUUUUCUGGUUGCCACCGCAGCCUUACAGAGGCAGAGCACAUGUAAGACGCACAAAUGCUGAUGAGUGAAUCGAGUGACCGGCCGACCACUCAGACACUCUGUGUGUGUAUGUGUGUGUGGGGGGGUCCAUCAGCCCUGCGCGUGGAGGACGUCAAGCUUCUCGUCGCACAACACCUGUAUGACAACGUGGAGCUCAUCGUUGGCAUCAUCGCCUCGGCAGAUGGAGGGAUGCUGGCUGUCGCGGCGGCCACACUAGGUGCCAACAUUAAUUGCGCCUUAAGACUAAGCCACCAGCUGGACUUUCCCACCCAUCUCUCCCUCUCGUCAUUCCAGCCACUUCUCCUCAAACCCUCGUUGAUCACGACGGCCAGCAGAGCGGCCAAUGCCCUUGCUGACCAAGACGCCGAGCUACCGCCAUCCCUCUACCCCGUAAUGCUCAGCUGCUUGAAUUCACCGUCCAUGCUAGCUACAGGUUAGGCAGAAUGGCCAGAGAAAGAGAGACAGAGAGAGAGGGAGGGAGGGAGGGAGAGAGAGAGAGAGAGGCGCAGGAGGGGACACAAAGUGACAUGCAAAGACACAGUUGGGUGUGUGCUGUGUUUCCUUGCACAGGUUCAGGGGACACUGACGCAGGUCAUCGAGUGGUAGAAGCUGUCUGCCAGCUGUUAGGCGAACCUGUGGCGCCGACACUCGUCGGCUGCAUCGUCGACGACCUCCAGUCAAUGAUCAGGUGAGCGGGGUGGCUGUCACAUGUUCCAGGCGUGUGUCUGUCAUGGGCUGUCCUGCAGGUGGGGUCAUGACUUGGUCACUCUCGGCAGGGCGACAAGAAACCCAUUCGUCAACCAGAUUGCACAGGUGGCACCGAACAAAGGAGUGUUCUGCCUUGCGGCCAUACGUCGAUCGCAAUGUGUCCGUGUCUGAUUCUGUCGUUAUUGCCAGUGUGAGGCCGUCCAGCAGCUGAGACGCCGCCGUGGCCUGUCAGCAGAGGUGAGGGCCGGAGUCAACGAGACCACACGACCAAACACAUCAGCCGAUGGACGCACAGAUGCCUCUCUGAUUCCCUCCUGCCUCAUCUAUAGGUCUUGUCCUUCAUAGAUUCGCUCCCCAAGACGGCCAACUCGGACAGCAGCUCAGCCACGACAAAGCUCUCAGCCCCAGCCAAACACAAGACAACCACUCACACUCAUCAUGCGUCAGGCCCUCGCUCGCCGCCUCGCCCAUCGACAUCGUCUGGCCGCCUCGAUGGGCUGGAGGACGGCCUCUUCUCGGACGACAUCGACACCUUCACUGCGGCAGUCAAAGACGUUGCUGGCUGCCUGCGGUACGGCGCAGUUGCUGAUCCAUUCCUCAAACGGCUGGCCAUGAGGUUCGCCAAGGAGAGGACGGCUUUCCGCCGCUUCCUGAUGCGUCUGGUGGAUAGCAGCGGAGUGGAGUGCCAGGUGGCAAUCGCGGAUGUGCUCUUCUGCCUCCUCCGCAGGACCCCGUCGGAUCGUGUGUCGGCGAUCGAGGACAUCUUCGAGAUCCUGACGUGGAAACAUUUGUCAUCGGAUGGAGGAGUGGGGGGCGACCUGGGGGGGAAGGUCUACAGCGUCAUCGAGUAUGAUAUCGUCAGGGCAUCGUCAGGCGACGAGCCGCUGCCCCGUGCCAUCGAUGUGGUGACAUGUGCGAGACUGCGAUUUAUUCGAUACGCUCUUGAAGCGGCCACCGCCCUCGAGGCUGCCGGAGGGCCCCAGCUUCGCGCGAGUGUCCUCCAGACCCACCAAACGACCCUCCGGCAGGCGAUGGAUGUGAUUCGUGAGCGCAGACACGUAUUAUUGGCCAACGAGGCAGUCAUGAUGCUGAACAAGCUGUUCGAGCCCAGCCCCUUCGGCCCGUCAAUUCAACUCGUGCUCGAGUUCGUCUCCAUUUUCGUCGAGAGUCUGAAGCAGCUUGGCGAUGACGAGACAGAGGGGACGAGGCUCAUCACACUGCUGCUGGAUAAUCCCAUAUGCUACCUAUUGAACUCGCCACGCGAAGGUCAGAAAAGUGUAUAUAGAUGCGUUCUAUGGACAAGGCUGCCGUCCUUUGUGUUGACAGGCAUGAUGACGGCGUGGCCGGCCAUCAGGGCGGCUCUCAACACACACGUCUACGCUAACAUGGACAUGCUGGUGGACCGCAUCGCGGCGUCCGAUCCUUCCUCUCCCCUGGGCUUCGCGGCAAUCCGCACCGUGGGAACUCUCCUCCAGCUCGCUCUCAUCCUUUGCGUCCGAAAGAGGAAAGGUAGGCAACGGAAGGGAUGGCGCAGGAGCGGCCGUCAUGUGUGUGUGUGUGUGUGUGUGUGUACAGGUGGCGGUCCUCUUGCGCCUGAUCGAUUCGAGGAUGCGAUCGAACAAAACGGUGUGGGCAAGAUCAUGGCCGCUGCCCCUCUGCCGAUGCAGUCGCUUCGUCGUCUACUGCUGGAUGCCGCCGUCCGCGACAAGGUGGCCAACCCAUUGCGCAUGGACUACAGAACAGUGAUGUCCUCCGGACCGGAAGUUGCGACUGCUCUACUAACGCCAGCGAUGGCAAUGAUAGGUCCGUCAGUCAGUCAGUAGAUCUUCCAGAGUCCCUCAACCACGUGUGUGCGUGUGCGUGUGUGUGUGUGUGUGUGUGUGCAGAGGAUGGGAAUGCGCUGUCCUUAGUCGAGUCGGGGUUCAUGUCGACCUUGAUCUCCCUCUUGGACAGCGCCGAGAGGAUCAGGUCGAUGGUGGUUCUCUGCAUGUGCUGUUUGAAGAGCCUCAUUCAGAAAGACAGGAAGGUCAGCAAAGAAAAAUCACGGACCUCCCAUGUCAUUUGGACGAGAGUGCUGUGGUGCGUUUGUUUGUGUGUAGGUGUUGGGGACCGAUGGACUGUCGAAGGCGAUGUGUGACAUGCUGCUCAAGGACGCACAGGGACAGUUGCUCCUUCAAGGGCGGUUCGUCUUCUAUGACAGUGACCGCAAGACGGCUGUCGACAUUCUCAAGAGCAUCGUCAGGUGAGCAAUGUGCUGCAGACAGGAAAGUCCGACGCAUCAUUGAGUGUCUCUGCUUGUGGCUGUGUGAUGCAUGGCAGCUAUGGCAAGUCGCAGGUUCGCAAAGGCGCGCCGAAUCCCAUCGUCGGGGAGAUACUUCAGGUGUGCACACCGAGGGUCGUGUGUGCUGUGCCUACCUGGCUGUCUGCAUGUGCCACCAUUGCAGCUCGAGUCCGUCAAGGCGAUCCGUGACCCCAAGAACGGCAUCGAGGUCUCACGACAAGUGAGCAACACUCCUCCACAGCACGAUACUCUCCUCUUCACAUCUUCCUGCCCCAUCAGGUCGUCGAGUUCUUCAACUCCCUCGACCAGCAGCACCAGAAAGACACCCAGGCCACGACCGCCAUGUCGGCUGAGCACUUGGCGGCCCAGGAGGCCAAGGCGAAGCGGAUCGAGGAUGCCCUCCUCAAGGAGGAACGACGCGAGAAAGAGGCCAAAGAGAAGAAGGGCAAAGACAAGAAGAACAAGGGCGGCAAGGGACAGCAGCAGCAGCAGCAGCAGGGGCUUGCAGGUGGGGAUGCGAGCCCCUCCGACGUGGUGGUUGAGCCAUCGGUGCCCUCCACUGCCGCAUCCACCAGGUAGGGAAGCCAUCCAGCUCAGACCAUGGCCGAUGGAACUGUUUAACUCAUGUGUGUGUGCAUAGUCGGGUUUCUGCUGCGGAGGAGGUUGAGGCGAGUCAGCCGGAGCCCUCUCCGUCCAUCGCUGACACGUGAGCAAGCCAUCCACUUGACGAGAUGCCCUGACACAUUCGCUUCCUCUGUGAGCGAGGCAAUCUCUUUGGUUGCAGGUCUGGUGUGCCAUCCGUGUCAGCCGCUGCGGGCAGCGAUCGGCCUGGUGAUGGCGGUGAUGCAGUGAAUUCGGCGGCUGAUGGGAGCGACGGUGACGGUGAUGAUGAGGACCGCGACGCUAUGCUGGUCAACUCGGCAUUUGCACUUUAUGCACGGCAACAGAGGAACGAGGGCAAGAAGAAAGGGGAAACACAGCACCAAGCCCACCGCGACGCCAACACCUUAUCUCAACAACCAGCCAUCGCGCCCCUCACUCCCACCAACAACCAAGACAAGUCAGACGGGGCAGAUGGGCCGCCCUGCACCUGCCGCCAAUCAGGACCGUUAUCGCGGCGGCAACGCACCCAUCCGGAUGCCCGCUCCCAUGUCCGGUGCUCUGUUCCCUAA